CACAUUUUUAUUUGAACAAUUAAGUAGAACAAAAAAAACAAAACAAAACUCAGCAGCUGCUGCCGCUUUGAACUCAAUUGGCCGGGAAACAACGGCGGAGAUGGCCGUCGUCCGACAUAACUGCGCCACCGCCAUUCCGCACCAAAGCAUCGCGUUUGACAUCUUAGAUUGUAAGUAAAGAGUUAUCUUCUAUUCCGUUUUUAACCAAAAAAAAAUGUUUCGUUCUUUAUUUAGUUCUGCAAGAAAUUAUGGUUUCCUUGAUAGUGUUCAACAAGGGUAUAUUUACCUGCAGAAAUUUAGUUUGGUUAAUAUAAAAUUGAAAUGGGUGAAAGAUAGAACAAUGGAUUCUGUUGUUGUUGGUAAGAGGGAUCUUAAGGCUGCUGGAAUCCUUGUUUCAGUUAUUUAUUCUUCUUCUGAAGAUUAUGUUCCUAUUUACCGUCUUUCUCGGCAUCGCGGACAACUUGGACUUCCUGAUGAAAUUAAGCUUGCUGUUUUUAUUAGAAGAUAUCCUAAUGUUUUUGUUGAGUCCUAUUCUCUUGAUAGUGGCGGCUCUCCUGUUCCGUGUUUUGGAUUGAGUAGUGAAGCGAUGAAGAUUCAUCGCGAGGAGGUUGAUAUACUUCGGGAAAAUUCGUUGGAAUUUAGGGAUAGGUUGUGUAAAUUGCUUAUGUUAACAAGAGAUUGGAUGCUUCCGCUGCAAACUAUUGAUCAGUUGAAAUGGGAUUUGGGUUUGCCAUAUGAUUACCAGGAUUCUUUUGUAAUGAAUCACCCCGAAAAAUUCUCUUUUGUUCGCCUCCCUGACGUUCGUGUUGGUUUGAAAUUGUUGUUUUGGGAUGAUAAGCUGGCUGUAUCAGAGUUAGAGAAGAAUGCUUCUUUACAACAACAGGUAGAAGACAUAAAAAAUGGAACUUUAGCAUUUCCAGUUAGUUUCACCAGGGGUUUUGGCAUGAAAAGGAAAAGUAUGGAGUGGUUGAGAGAGUGGCAAAAACUCCCAUACACUUCGCCUUAUGCUGAUGCCUCUCAUUUGGAUAUCCGAACUGAUGUAUCUGAGAAGAGGGUAGUUGGAGUCUUUCAUGAGCUUCUUCAUCUUACACUUCAUAAGCAAACCGAGCGUAAGAAUGUUAGCAACUUACGCAGACCCUUGGCGUUGCCACAGAAGUUCACUAAAGCGUUUGAGCGUCAUCCUGGUAUUUUUUAUAUUUCCAAGAAGAAUGAUACCCAAACAGUUGUUCUGAGGGAGGCUUACAAUGGUGGGGAACUCGUGCAGAAACAUCCCCUUGUGAAAAUUAGAGAGGAAUUAGCAAAUCUACUGAAGAAAGGACUACUUGAUAGGAGUAGAGGUGUAUACAAGAAAAGUAUAGAUGCUAAUUUGGUUGAGGAAAUUUGAAAGGAAGUUUGCAUCAGUGAAAAAACUAAGCAGUUUAAUUCUAAGAAUGAAUCAGUGUUAUUAUGAAUAUGAUUCAGAUGGCCCUCUACAUAACCCGAUGCUUUAAUGGAACUGUUCACCAACUUCUUUCUCUUAACUUGGGAAGGCCUAUCAAUAAACCAAACAUACCAGUACUGCUAUGAUCAUAGCAAGGGAGGGCAUUUUGUGUUAAUGUUUGAUGUAAUAUCAUAGAAUAAGGGUGCUUGCUCAAUUUGGUUAGAGGAUAAGUGGCAUGGGUGAGAUGGACAUACUGACACUGCACACAGGUUGCCUGUACUGCUAGAGCAUGUUCCUUUUGCCACAGGAGGUUUUUGGACAUUAUCUUUUCUUAAAUGAAUAACCGGAUGAAAUUUUCAAUCUGUCCUAGUCGAAGUUUGAUUUUUAUGAUGAUAAGAUACGGCAGGUUACAGAGGUCCAAGCUUCAAAUAUCUUUGUAUAUGUCAUGUUUCCGGCCACAAGUUUUAUGUUCUCUGUUAGGAAAUAGAAACAUAAGGCAAUUGCCACACACCUAUAAGGAAAGGUGUUUUUGGGUCUGGGCUUCUCCACUGUCAAUCGUUAGAUAUUUGUUUCUUAUUUUUUGAUAGAUAAAAAUUUAAGUGAGAUAGGUUGUCAUACUUAUUGGUCAAGCAGGUCUCAAAAAGCUCAAAGAACACUUGUACUGAAAUUUGUAGAUUAUCCACCAACAAACUUCUCAUGUUAGCAACGAAAUUUAGCAACAAAGUUCUCAUGUUCUCAUGUAAGCAAAUCUAUAUUUGAGAAGAGUGGUGCACUGGUGCUAUCAGUUCCAAUAACAAGCUGCACCAAAAAAACAA